GGGCUCUGGGGGGUCCCGCCCCGACGGGCCGUGCCGUGCCGGGAGCCGUAGCCCUGCGCUGGGCCGGUCCAGGCCGGGUAGGGCAGGAGCCUCGGGGGGGGGGACGGGCAGAGCGCGGCGGAGCGGAGCGGAGCAAUGAGCGGGGGUCCGGCGGUGUGCGGGCUGUACCGGCAGAUCCGGCCAUAGGCGCAGCUCCCCCUCUUCGGCUGCAACUGCUGCCAUGAGCCACCGCCCCCCCAGCCCGUCCUCCCCACCCCAGGGUGGCAACCCCUCCCGGCAGCCCUUCAGCCCCGGGAGCGGGGGCUUGGACGUGCUGCGCUGCCCCUCCUGCCUUCUCCUCCUCUGGGAACCGGUGACCGUGUCUUGCGGUCACUCCUUCUGCAAGUCGUGCCUGGGGGGGACCGUGCCAGCCCGCUGCCCCCUGUGCCAGGAGAGGCUGAAGUUGCUGGGCGUCGGGGCGGCGAGGUGCAACGUGGUGCUCUGCGGCCUCCUGGAGAAAUGCGUGAAGGAGGAGAGCCGGCUGGCCUGGCUGGUGGCCCGUGUCCAGGACAGUCUCACCCGUGGGAACGCACGGGAAGCGCUGAGGAUGGCUCAGAAAGGGGUCGAGCUGGUCCCAGACAGCAAUUCCCUGCGGCUGUGCCGGGCAGAGGCGUUCGCAGCACUGGGGCAGCACCGGGAAGCACUGGAGGAGCUGGAGGUGGUGUGCAGGGCUGAGCCUGGAGAACAUGAGGGCUUCUUCAGGAAAGGGAAGGUGCUUCUGGAGAUGGGACAGAGAGCUGAAGCCCUGCUGGCAUGGGAGCACUGCCUGACACUCAGCCCCCAUUUCCAUCCUGCUCAGAGAGAAAUGGAGAAGGUUCUCAGACAAGGGGAUGCUACUGAGCCACACACAGCUGCUGCAUGUUCAGGUGAUGUUCACCAGGACCUGACUCAUCCCCAGGUCAAUGGAAGGAGCUCUGUGCUCUCAUCAUCUUCCACACAAGCUCAGGAUCAGGAGGGAGAGCUGUCAGAUAGCAAAGGGGACACUGUCUCUGAGCACGGCCAGGGGACAGCCACCCUUUCCCAGACAGAGCAAUGGCAGGAACUGGAACAGGAGACUUUGGCAGAGAGGCAGGGCUGGAGGUUGGUAGGUAGUGGAAAGGGAAUGGCAGCAUCAAAGUGUACCCAGACAUGCCUUGAGGAGCUGCUGAGUGUAUCUGACUUGGAGUGCUCCCUCUGCAUAAGAAUGUUCUUUGAGCCAGUGACAACCCCGUGUGGUCACACCUUCUGCAGGGAGUGUCUCGAACGCUGCCUGGACCACCGGCCCAGCUGCCCCCUCUGCAAACAGAGCCUGCGAGAGUACCUAAAGGCUGGAAGCUACAGCCCAACUGUGCUGCUGCAGGACAUCAUGCUGGCCACCUUCCCUGCACAGCUGGCCGAGCGCAGGGAGCUGCACCAGGAUGAAAUGGCAGAGCUCUCCAACCUGACCAAGAACAUCCCCAUCUUUGUGUGCACAAUGUCCUUCCCAGGCAUUGCCUGCCCUCUGCAUGUCUUCGAGCCUCGCUACCGCCUCAUGAUCCGGCGGUGCCAGGAGACCGGUACCAGGAGGUUCGGCAUGUGUGUAUACGAGAAUGGGAAAAGUUUUGCUGACUAUGGCUGCAUGCUGGAGAUCCGGCAGGUUGAGAUGCUGGCGGACGGGAGGUCCUUGGUGGACACCAUUGGCAGGCGGCGGUUCCGGGUGCUGAGUCGGGGACACAGGGACGGCUACAACACUGCUGACAUCGAGUAUCUGGAGGACAAGAAGGUGGCCGGAGAGGAGCUGCAGGAGCUGCAGUGCCUGCACGAGAGCACUUACCGCUUGGCUCAGCGGUUCUGUGAGCACGGAGACCUUGCCUCCAGGCACACCUUGAUGCAGCAUGGACCACUGCCAGAGAAGGAAGAGGACAUCCAGGCUUUGGCAGAUGGCCCGACGUGGUGCUGGUGGCUCAUCUCCAUCCUUCCCCUUGACCCAUCCUACCAGCUGAACCUCUUCUCCAGCACCUCCCUGCGUGCCCGCCUCACCCAGCUGCAGCGCAUCCUCUCCUCCCUGCUGCAGCAGCCCCCUGCCCGGCACCUGCUGUCUGAGCGCAGCCCCUGGGGCCACGUCUGAGCCCCCUGGUCCCAAUGUAGGGAAGACCUCUCUCCUUUUGGGUUUCAAUUCGUAUUGCUUCAUGGUUUUGUGUGUGGUUUGAGCUCCUUCCACCCCCGCAACUCCCCCCAAAAGCAACCUGAGUGAUGAGCUGGGCACCCCCUGCCUGGCUUGGUGGGGCUGGUGCCACUCUGGCAGUGACACCAGACCAUCCAAUCCUUUUGAGAGCUGCUUGGUGACAUGGCUGUGCUGUGCCCAUUGGAGGGGAGGACUGGGAUGGAAAGCUGGGUUGGGCCUCUGGAACCAAAGUUCUGCUUUGGUGCUAAGCAGAACGCUCCUCAAGGCAGAGAACCAAAUGCUAGGUUCACCUCUUCCUCUUUGAGGGUCAAUGUAGGCUCUUUGGUAGAUGGUUGUGCCCUUUGCAGCAAAUUUUUGGGCUUGGGAGAGGUGGUGAUGGGACUCAGAGGUCUCUGUGGCUCACCCCAGCCUUGGGAGCUGACAGCUCUGUCUCCACUUACAAAUUUGACCAAAUUUCUAUUUGAAUGAGAAAGAUGAAAUUACACAAUAUGAAACCCAUCAUCCACCUCUUAACCACCUACAUGAGCAGACAGUGAGGAGAUGCUGCUCUCCGAGUGUGCCUGGGUCCAGACAUCCCUUUCCCACUGUUCUGCUCAGUGCUCUGCCUUGUCUGCUGUGCUGAGCUCCUGGCUGGUUCCCCAGGCUGGAGCUGGGCUGGAGGCUGCCAACCACUUCCCUGGCUGCUGGCUCCACUACCAUAAAGUGCUGUGGGAAGGGGGGGAUUUGGCAGUGUUGGUGCUUUUCCCUCCAUCCAAAGGCUGCUGUUUGCAAGCCUGGCCAGGUUCAGGUUGCAGGGUUUGACCUGGCAGCUGGAAGGAGCCAAUUCUGUGAGGGAGUUAAACCCCAAGCCUGGUUUUGUGAGGCUUUCUGCUCCUUCACUAGUGCAAUUUUUCUCCUGUUUGGUGUUUCAUGUGAACUUUCUGCCUCCUCAGGAGAAAAUCAGGGUCUGAGCUGAGGCUGUAUCUCUGCACUUGGAACCUUGAACAGUUCAGGAUCUCCCAGGAGAGCAGAGAGUGAAGUCAAAGGGAGUCAAGAAUCUGGAGAGAUAGUGGGGGAAGCAGGAUCUGUCACCAAGGCUGUGAGCCCUGUGCCAGGGGAGCAAGUGCCUGUCUGCAAGUGCCUGGCUGCUGCUUGUCUGUAAAGACAGAAUGGUCUUUAGAGACAGGUGUAGGAGCUCCCUGGGUUGCUGUGGGUCCCUCCAGCAAGGAAACAUGGGAGGGGGGGUGCAGGGGAGCAGCAUGGGUCUGCAUCAUGUCCAUUCUGGGAAGAGCUGGGGACCAGAACCACAUCUGCCCCUGCUGCUUUGGGAAGGGACUCAUACAAAUUGCUCCAGUUUGCUUGGAGCAUCUUGGGGGUUUGUAUUACUGUCUUUGCUCUUUGAAUUAAAUUUUCUUCCUGGUCACUGAAAUAAAUAAAAACUUUUUGUUGUU